AUGGUCGCUACAUUCGGGAUUCCUUACGACGCGAAGGCGGAUCCUCUUCAAGAGAUGCGCGCUUCAAAGCCGCAAUGGCAGACGCGAAGACCAAUCCGGAUUGGCGUACAGCUCGUCAAAUUGAGCGCCAUCGCUGGAGAAUCUGUAUUCGUAUUUGAAGGAGGGUCAACAUGCGCUCUGGCUGGAGAGAACUUUGCUAUAGUAGCAAGUGAUACCCGUAAUGUCUCAGAUGGAAAUCAACAUCAUAACAGGGAUGCCGAGAAAGUGCAUGUUCUAAAUGAUUCUAUAAUCCUGGCAAAACUUCGGGAUUCUACGGUGACGUUGUGCAGCUCAAGCGAGUGCUCCAGUCCCGCCUUCAUAAAUAUCGUUUCGACUACCGUACCGAUAUGA